GUCGCGCAGAUCCGUCGGUGAGGAGGCAUGGAGCGGCCGCAGGAGCCAGUGCUCGGGGAGGUGAAGCAGCUCUGCAGGAGAAUACUGGAGGCCUGCAGCGAGCUGAAGCAGGACCUGACGCCCUACAAGAGCGAGCGCUUCUACAGGUUGGCCCCUAUGCGUCUCUACACUCUCUCUAAGAGGCACUUCGUUCUGGUGUUCGUGGUUUUCUUCUUCUGCUUCGGCGUCUCCACUCUCAUCGGUGUGUCAGGACCGAAGAUCAUCAGUGAGAAUUAUUGCAACAGUUUAGACAUCAGCGCCAAUGGAUCAAAGACCGGCCCUUUCAACCUCAGAUCUCAGCUGCUGUCCAACUACAACCAGCAGCUCUGGCUCACGUGCAUCAUUCAGCUGGACAGCAACAUUGCAGAUUUGAGUUUGAGGGAGUUUGGGAUGAACGUGGAGCUGCAGGGUGUGACGCAGGACGCCAGCGUGAUGCGCAUCAGCAACAACAUGCACAACAAGAACCGAAGCCUGCACUGCACCGCCCAUCAGCAGGCGUGUGACGAGAUCAUCGUGCUGCAUCUGGGAUAUCUGAACUACACUCAGUACAAGAUCAACGUCAGCUUCAGGAGCCUGCAGGACAGAAUCAGAAACGUGACUUUUGUGUUCAAGAUGUACAACGCCACGUUCUCUCAGGUGGAGAUCUGGUUCCGCUUCGUGUUUGUGGUGAUGACCUUCAUCGUGACCUGUGUGUUCGCUCACUCCUUGCGCAAGUUCUCCAUGAGGGACUGGGGCGUGGAGCAGAAGUGGAUGUCUGUUCUCCUGCCGCUGCUGCUGCUGUAUAACGAUCCGUUCUUCCCGCUGUCCUUCCUGGUGAACAGCUGGUUUCCGGGAACGCUGGACGCGUUCUUCCAGGCUCUGUUCCUGUGUGCGCUGCUGCUCUUCUGGCUGUGUGUGUAUCACGGGCUCCGAGUGCAGGCGGACCGGAGGCUCCUCACCUUCUACCUGCCCAAGCUGCUGAUCGUGGGGCUGCUGUGGCUCUCGGCCGUCACGCUGGGAAUCUGGCAAACGGUGAAUGAGCUGCAGGAUCCCACGUAUCAGUACAAAGUGGACAUCCAGAACUUCCAGGGCAUGAAGAUCUUCUUUCUGCUGCUGGUGACUGUGUAUGUGCUGUAUCUGCUGUUUCUGGUGCUGCGCGCCUGCUCCGAGCUCAAGAACACUCCCUACACAGAUCUGCGGCUGAAGUUCCUGACGGUGCUGACGCUGCUGGUGCUGGUGAUCAGUGUGCUCAUUCUGUACCUGAGAUUCGGCUCCAAGGCUUUGCAAGACAACUUUGUUGCCGAACUUUCCACUCACUACCAGAAUUCGGCGGAGUUCCUCUCCUUCUACGGCCUGCUGAACUUCUAUCUCUACACGCUAGCCUUCGUCUACUCGCCCUCCACAAGCGCUCUGUACGACUCGCAGCUGAAGGACAAUCCUGCCUUCUCCAUGCUCAACGACUCGGACGAUGACGUCAUUUACGGGAGCGAUUAUGAGGAGACGCCUCUCCAGAACGGCCGCGCCAUCAAAGCCAGCGCCAAAUACCAGGAUGAGAGCGGGAGCGACUGAAAGCGGAGUGACUCCGGAUCGCUGGCGUGUGUUUAGCGGCUGCGGUGUGUAAAGCUACAGUGUGUUUGAGUGUCAGCGAAGGCCAGCAUUAGAUCUGAGCUGCGGCUGAUGAUCAGUGUUCAGACACUAUUAGGAUGAAUGUCAUCGUUCACCUGGAAAUUAAAAGGAGAAAAAUGAAUCCUGUAUGUUUUCCUGAAGCUGAUGUGUAAAGCACAUUUAACUCCUGAAAUGAUGGAAACCACACGAUGAGCUUACCUUAAAUUCAGUAGCACUCAGAGUACAUUGGUGUUUACUUUUACAAAAUGUAUUUAGGUUAGGGUUUUUUUUUUU